AUGGAUGGUGCCUGAGUCAACCUGGCGACAGGAGGAUGCAGUUUUACUGGGGAGAAGAUUGUAGCGCUCUUGGCUCAACAAGACCGUAUUGAGGUCAGAGGUUUUGACUCUGUAGCAAGAGAAGAAGUAGAAAAAAAGUCACUACCUACCGCUCGUGUGACAGUGAUGAAAGGAGACAUCUGAGACUACAAUCUGCUCCUUGCUGCCAUGCGGGGAGUUCACGUGGUUAUUCACACAGCUGCUUUUGUGGACUACAGAAACACUGUACCUUUCUGGGAAACGAGAGCUGUCAACGUUGGGGAUACUGAGAAGAUGUUAAGGGCCUGCUUUGUCCUGAACAUCUUGUACGUUGUCUAUACAAGCUCCAUUGCCACAGUGGGACCCAACACUUCACAUGAGCCCAUGUUCAGAAAAAAUGGGGACACUGAUAUAGUGGGAGUGGAGCUGCCUUAUGGGAAGACAAAGGCCAGGGCAGAAAAACUGGUGGCUGAAGCCAAUGGAAGAAGGCUCAGCAACAGUUGCAAACUUGCAGUCUGCAUCAUCCGGGCAGUGUAUGGAGAGAAGAUAGCAUUUCUUAAAGAUUUGUAUGUACCGGCCAAAGCCGGGAACAGUGCACUGAACUACCUAGAGCCUGAAAACGUGGAGUGUAAUUGCACGUACGUGGAGAAUGUCGCAUGGAUGCACGUUCUUGCAGCAAGGAACUUGCAGCUGAAACCAGACCUACCUGCUGGACAAGUGUGUUGUUCCUAUGAUGGCACUCCAACAAGAAAAGGGUUUCUGAUCAGGCAUCAACUGUUGUCCUCUACGGACCCCUCAGUACGACUGGGCUCACAUCAUACCUCUUACUGCAAGAUGUGGUUAAUAAUACACUUCCACAGAAUAAUCAAGGUCAUCUACCCUUUCAGCAAGCCACAGUCUUUCCUAAACUUGUCUUUACUGGACGCAAUAGUCACCACCUUCUCCUAGGAGACGGACAAAGCCUCCAGGCAUUUUGGGUACAAAUCCCUCUUCAGCUGGGCAGAUAGCAAACAGAAGACUGCACGGUGGUUGAAAGCAACUACAGGAAACAUGAGAUCCCACCAGCUUCACGAAAAGGGGAACAGAGCAGCACAUUUUGGAGAAAGAGAGAGCUUAUCACACAAUUCAGUUUGGACUGAAUUUCACAAUUUACACAACUCCUGGGCAGGAAUUUAG